AUGGAGAAGAAGAUAGAACAUCAACAAAAGGAGCAGCUCAACAGUACCAAGAACACAGAGACCAAGAUAGAUCACCAAGAAAUACAAAUCUCUCAAGCAUCAUCUUCAUCAUCACACAUGGCGAAUCUAGCUACGUCAUCAGAUCAUCAUCUUCAUCAGUUGGAGCUAGCUGGGAACAACAUCAAUUUCUCAAGCAUCUUUGAUACUCCAAUAUCUUUACCUUUUCCUUAUUCUUAUUUCGAAGAUCACUCCUCUAAUAAUCCCAACUCUUUUCUUGACUUGCUCAGACAAGACCAGCAUCAAUUUGCUUCAUCCUCUAACCCAUCUUCUUUCUCAUUCGAUGCCUUUCCUCUCCAAAACAACAACGAUACCAAUCUCUUUUUCACUGAUUUACCCUUGCCUCAAGCUAUAACAACAAAGGCUGAGUCAUCAGAAGUUGUCAACACAGCACCGACAUCUCCAAACUCAACCUCAGUCUCCUCUUCAUCCAACGAAGCUGCAAAUGAUAAUACUAAUAAGGAGGUUGCUGUUAAAGAUCAAGAAGGAGAUCAACAAGAGCACAAGGGUACUAAGCCACAGUUAAAGGCAAAGAAGAAGAACCAAAAGAAGGCAAGAGAGGCUAGGUUUGCGUUUCUGACCAAGAGCGAUAUUGAUAACCUUGACGACGGUUAUAGAUGGAGAAAGUACGGCCAGAAAGCUGUCAAAAACAGUCCUUAUCCCAGAAGCUAUUAUCGUUGCACCACAGUAGGUUGUGGAGUGAAGAAGAGAGUGGAGAGAUCCUCCGAUGAUCCUUCCAUCGUCAUGACAACCUACGAAGGUCAACACUCCCACCCUUUCCCCAUGACGCCACGUGGACACCUCGGAAUGCUCACGUCACCAAUCCUUGACCAUGGUGCAACAACCGCGUCAUCAUCAUCAUUCUCUAUCCCUCAGCCACGCUACUUGCUAACUCAGCAUCAUCAACCCUACAACAGCAUGUACAACAACUCUCUAAGCAUGAUCAAUAGAAGCUCCCCCGAUGGUACUUUCAUUAAUCCAGGGCCAUCAUCAUUCCCUGGAUUUGGUUAUGAUCAUAUUCCACAAGCUUCUACGACGACUACUUCUGCCAUUAGAGAUCAUGGAUUACUUCAAGAUAUUCUUCCUUCGCAGAUCAGAGAGGAUACUGUUAACGCCCAAAUCGUUGAAGAGGAUAAGAAAUGA